AUGUCCGCGCGGUACUUCAGCUCGCUGACGCGCGUCCCGAUCCACCGCCCGGAAGACUUCGCGGGGAUGCGCGCGGCGGGUUCCCUGGCCGCGAGGACGCUCGCGCACGUCGAGCCGCGCGUGAUCUCGGGGACGACGACCGCGGAGAUCGACCGCGUCGCCGCGGCGUUCGUCGCGGAAAACGGCGCCGUCGCCGCCACCGUCGGCUACCGCGGGUAUAAACACUCCACGUGCGUGAGCGUGAACGACGUCGUGUGCCACGGGAUACCGAGCGAAGACGUGACGCUGCGGGACGGCGACAUCGUGAACGUGGACGUGACCGUGAUCGUGGACGGGUGGCACGGGGACACGAGUCGGACGUUCAUCGUGGGAGGCGAGGAGAAGGCGUCGGAGGCGGCGGCGCAGCUCGUGAACGUCACCAGAGAAUCGCUGGAGAUCGGCGUCUCGCGUUGCGGCCCGGGGCGAAGGAUGGGCGACGUCGUGGUGCCGAUUCGGCGGCACUUGGAGAGGCACGGGUACGCGGUCGUGAACAAGUACGCCGCGCACGGGAUCGGUCGGAAGUUCCACGCGCCGCCGCACAUCCGUCACGGCGCGGGCGCGGAGGGUCGCGGCGUGCUGUUGAAACCGGGGAUGUUCUUCACGAUCGAACCCAUGGCGAACGAGAAAGGGGUCGCGACGAGGGUGUUGAAAGACGGCUGGACGGUCGUCACCGCUGACGGGGGGUUGUCCGCGCAGUUUGAACACACCGUGGGGGUCAGAAGCGAGGAAGACGGAGGCGGCUGCGAAGUGUUCACUCGUUUAGACGCGAGCGCAGACUAA